CCGGCCGCGCCGCCGCCCCAGCGGAGCCCAGCAGUCGGGCAGCGCCCGGCCAGCCCCAGCGGGCGCCAUUUGCUGCCCCGGCACGACGGCGCUGGCUUGGCCGGCCGGGCAGCCGCAACAAAGGGUUGUUGCAGCUGGCGCGGGAGCCGGGCACGUCCCAGCCGCUGGCGCAGCAGGACGGAGGGCCGGGCGGAACGGGAAGGGCUGGCGGGGCCGCCGAAAAGCGGGCAUGCGGGCGGGCUGCCUUUCCGCCCGUCCAUCCCAGCCGGCAAGGGGCGCGCCGCAGGGUCCCCGCCCGGAAAAUACCGCCCCGCGCCCGGGACGGCGAAGCCUUCGGGGCAGCAGGAGGCGCGAGCCGGCCGUGGUCCCUGGUGACUCGGCGGGCGUGCCGAGCGCCGUCUGGCGUCCCUGGCCCCCGAUGACCGAGCCUCGCGUUCGGUGUGGGCGUGCGGCGGCGGAGUGCCGGCGCCCUCUGCCAGUGCGCGGCGCUCCGUCUGCGGCGCGGCCGGGCUGGGCAAGGCAGGCAGCAGCAGCAGCGAGCGAGGCAGGACUCGGGACGACGGGCAGGCGGGCGCGCUGCUGCAGCUGCCCGCGAUGCCGUGCUGCGGCGGCUCCCUUGCAGAUGGCCACCUCGGGCGGGCGCCCAGAGCCAGGUAGCGCCGCCUCCAGUCCUGGCUGCAGCUGCGGCUUGGUGGGACAUGUUUGGUCGUCGGGAGGCACCCAGCGGGGACUUGCCCUGCGACCCGUCCCGGGGCCGGGCGGGUGAGGCUCCAUUUGAGAACUGCGCCGGAUGGAACUGAAGUGGGCUCUCUCGAGGGCCCCAAAGCUCCUCCCCGCCGCCCCCCCCGCAAUAACUGGGUUCUUGGAGAGCCAGCGCCUCAACCUCCAUCUCUUCAAGCAGGGGGGUCUCAAACUCGGGUCCCCCAGAUAAUUUUGGACUGCAGCUCCCAUCACCCUUCAGCAAUUGUGUUCCACGCAUCUGGCAAUAUCUGGGAUCCAAUUUUGACAAUCCCUGCCUUAAAGACUGUGAUAUGCCCACGGACAUCCACGGGACUUUUUCGGGGGGGGAGGCAAAAUAUACACCCAUGAAGCAGAGUGACCCAUCCCAGGUUUAGGAUGGAGAUUUCUUCCCACCAGUUCCAUCUCCUGCAGCAAUUAAAUGAGCAGCGCAGGCAAGAGUUGUUCUGCGACUGCAGCAUUUUGGUGGAGGGGAAGGUCUUCAAGGCCCACCGGAACGUGCUGUUUGCCUGCAGCGGCUACUUCAAAAUGCUCCUCUCCCAGGGCUCGAAGGAUGCCAGCCAGCCAGCCACCGCCACCUUCCAGGCCUUUUCUCCCGAGACAUUUUCCGUGAUUCUGGAUUUUGUGUAUUCAGGCAAAUUGUCUCUGACUGGGCAGAAUGUAAUCGAGGUCAUGUCGGCUGCCAGCUAUCUGCAGAUGACGGACGUUAUUAGCGUGUGCAAGACAUUCAUCAAGUCCUCCCUGGACAUCAGCGAGAAAGAAAAGGACCGCUAUUUCAGCCUCUCUGACAAGGAGGCAAACUCUAACGGCGUGGAACGCCUGUGCUUGUACGGCGCUGGGUGGAGGGCGGAGAGCAGCCCGCCCCACUCCCACAUGAGCCCAGAUCAAGGGACGUGCAUCGUGAGCAGCAAUUCUUGGAGCAAUUUCAGUUACUACCCAGCCUCUCAAAGAAAUGCCCAGCAGCUGACCAAGCAUGACCAAAGGCAGGAGUCCAUGAAGAAGACCAGCAGACAUAUAGGACUGCCGCAGCCCUCCGACGUCCCUCACUACAAGUCGAGCAAGCUUGAAGAGCGAGCUUCCGAGGCGUCGAGUCACGUUUCUCCGUCGGAAGAGGACGUCCAGAUCGAUUCGGAAGGGGAUUCUGGCCAUUCUGGGUACCAGUAUGUCCAGGGAUCCGAGGCUGUUCCAAGAGGCCUGGCAGGGUCCCAGCCGGAACAAGAGUCCCCACAUUCUGCCGGCAAGUCUAAGGCAUCCAAGGCAGAUGAGCAAUAUACGACUAGCAUGCCCUCCGUCUUGGGCGUGAUGGGCAGCUGGGCAGAUGAUGAUCUGCCGCGGAUGAGAUUCAAGUGCCCAUUCUGCACGCACGUGGUGAAGCGGAAAGCGGACCUGAAGCGCCACCUCCGCUGCCAUACGGGAGAGCGGCCGUAUCCGUGCGAAGCGUGUGGGAAGAGAUUCAGCCGGCUGGAUCACUUAAGCAGCCACUUCCGAACAAUCCAUCAAGCUUGCAAGCCCAUCUGCCGGAAAUGCAAGCGUCACGUGACCGAAAUGACGGGGCAGGUGGUCCAGGAAGGAACAAGGCGUUACAGGCUUUGUAAUGAAUGUCUGUCUGAAGCUGGCAUCGACAGCAUUCGCAUUGACUUGGACACAGAGCCACCGCCUGAAUUCCCACUAGAUGAGGACAAGGAUUCUAGCUGGAAUUAUGGCGACGACAACAGAUCAGAUGUGGAAAUUGUAGAGGAUGGAUCUACUGAUUUGGUCAUCCAGCAAGUAGAUGACAGUGAUGAUGAAGCAGAAGAAAAGGAUAUAAAACCAAACAUUAGGUAGUUAUGGAUGGACUGGAUGUUUAAUCAAGUCCCUCUUCUUCUGUUCUCUUCUUCUGUCUUGACGGUUGACUCCCAGCUAGCCUGUGGUUAACAUACAAUCUAUUAUCUAGGCUUUCUAUGACUUGGGCUAAACUUGCAUGCAUUUAUGGACAUGCCAUUGUGUCUAUUUUGAAUUUAGUUACUCCAAGUAUCAAUAUUUUUGUUGCAUAAGAAAGCAUCCAGCCUGAGAGGGCAUCAUGUAUGAACACUUUAUUGGUGAACUGCGACAGUGAUACCUUUUUGGUAGCAUGAAAUUGGUCUCUUUUUAAACCUUUUUCAAUGUUGGGGAAAGGGAGCACUUGAAAAUAACGUUAAUAACUUCAUUGUAAGUUACUCUAUUAAAGCUUUUGAAAGUG